GCAAAGCAAGCUGACAGAGACACAGAUGCAGAGACUAUAACACAUCGAUUUUUAUAUAUUAGCUUCUCAAGGGUCAUGUGUUACUCCAUAAAGCGACUCUUCUCCGUCUAUCUGUCGUUGCUGUUACUCAGUCAUGAAGUCGUCCAAGCAGAGGAAAUUACAGGGACAGUCGGUCAGGAUGUCAGGCUUAAUUUUACCGGCCAGAUCAUGUCCAAGAACACAGUGAAGACAGUUAGCCUGUACAAAGACGGCACGAAGAUCGGAGAGUGUUCUCAUGCAGACACUAACUGCAUUUGCACACGUGGUUCAUUCACAAAAAAUUCCCAAGGAGUGAUUGUGAGCAUCUCGAAUCUGACUAUGGCAGAUUCCGGGAAUUACUAUGUCACUUUCUUCGACAACUCACCAAAUUUUCACGAGAGCAAAUUAGUGUCUCUCGUUGUCCAUUUCCAAGAGCUUACGACAGAUUCUUCUCCACCAUACAGAAGUAACGGAAAUGACUUCCAGGAGGCCUCUUCAGAAAACUUCUUGUAUGUGUAUAUCAUCAUUGCUCUAUGCUUCAUCUCCGUGAUGAUGCCAUCAGUGCUGCUGAGUUUUUUCUGUCAGACCCCCAAGAGGAGCUCAGGCCAUCACCAAAGACCUCGUUCCAGCAAUCAGUUUCAGGUGCCGAGCGAGGCGGCCAUGUCGGUGUGUCCGAUGGAGUAUGUGGCUCUGGAUUUUCCCGGCAGCCUGAAUGUGGAUAAGAAGGCCAAGCGGAACGGAAAGCCGGUGAAGCUCCAGGAGACGGUGGAGUACGCCACCAUCUCCUUUCCUCAGGGAUAGAAGUACAUGCUGCUCACA